UUUCUCUUGACCUUUGAUUAGCUGCAUUUCAAACAGAAUAGGCUGUCUUGAUUCAGCAUGACAGUAAGCUUAAAAAUGACAGGCAGAACUCUAAGGUGUUUAAAGAGUAUUUCAAAGAGCUGGAAGAGGAGAGCAUUCGAGAUAAUUUUGUUACUGUGUACGAGUUGUUAGAUGAACUGAUGGAUUUUGGAUUUCCUCAAACAACAGACAGCAAAAUACUCCAAGAGUAUAUCACCCAACAAGGCCACAAGCUGGAGGUAGGAGCACCGCGUCCCCCAGCAACUGUUACCAAUGCAGUCUCCUGGAGAUCAGAGGGGAUUAAAUACAGGAAGAAUGAAGUGUUUAUUGAUGUCAUUGAGUCUGUCAAUUUGUUGGUGAGUGCAAAUGGAAGUGUGCUGCGCAGCGAGAUUGUGGGUAGUAUCAAGCUGAAGGUGGUUCUAUCGGGGAUGCCGGAAUUACGACUGGGACUCAAUGACAAAGUUCUCUUUGAGAUUACAGGCCGAGACAAGAGUAAAUCUGUGGAACUGGAAGAUGUGAAAUUUCAUCAGUGUGUCAGACUUUCCCGUUUUGAAAAUGAUCGCACCAUUUCCUUCAUUCCUCCAGAUGGAGAGUCGGAACUAAUGUCUUAUCGGCUCAAUACACAUGUGAAGCCGCUGUUCUGGAUUGAAUCAGUAAUCGAGAAGUACUCUCACAGCCGUGUGGAAAUCAUGGUUAAGGCUAAAAGUCAAUUCAAACAACGCUCCACAGCAAACAACGUUGAGAUCAUGGUGCCAGUUCCAAGUGAUGCAGAUUCUCCAAAGUUCAAGACGAGCACUGGUAGUGCUAAAUGGGUUCCAGAGAAGAAUGUGGUGGUGUGGACAAUCAAGUCAUUUCCGGGAGGAAAAGAGUUCCUUAUGCGGGCUCACUUCGGUUUGCCCAGUGUUGAGAGUGAGGAACUGGAGGGGAAACCGCCCAUCACAGUCAACUUUGAAAUCCCAUACUUCACUGUCUCAGGAAUACAGGUCCGCUACUUGAAGAUUAUUGAGAAGAGUGGAUACCAGGCCCUUCCUUGGGUGAGGUACAUCACCCAAAGUGGAGAUUAUCAGAUUCGGACAACUUAAAGGAUUUCUGAAGACCUUUUUCUGUUGGUAAUGAAGGCAUUUUUACAAAAUAAGAUGUUCAAGUUAAGCACUGAAUCCUUCCCCACUCUGAGACUGCCGUGUUUUCCAUUUAAAGUGAAAUUCUCUGAUCCAGGCCAGCAUUCGAAUCUAACAUAUGGGCCUCUAAAUUUAAGGGAAUUCCCAUGUGGCCUGGAAAUUUUGUUGUCGUAUUUAUAAGAAGGAGUUUUUUUCCAAUCAGUCCAACACACUAAACUUUAUUAUAAAUUUUGUAUGAUGUAUGUGAACCUGUAAUGAAGCUGCUAAAGCAAUGAAAAAGCAA